AAUACAAACUGUUAAUAUAAGCUGCAUAACAAUAAUAACAAACACAAAAAGUGCGUAAAAACAAAUUUCUAUUUAAAGAACAGCUUGUGGUACGCAUGAGGGGUAAGCAAUAUUGCUUAAUACACGAUAAAAAAAUGCUUGAAAACACAAUAAGCGUAUGAGAAGAAUGAAAAUUACAUACAAAAAUCAACAAAAAACAUUAACGAUUGCCUCUUAUAUGUAGUGCAAUUACAGUAAGUGCAAAAAAAUAUGUGGCAAAUCUACCAAAAUGAUUCUAGUUCAUUGUGUGUAGUCAAACAUAGGCAACCGUAACGCAUAAAAUGCGUAAAACAAUAAUAGAAACCUUAACUGUAAACAUUUGAGGCCAUAAAAUUAACGCAAAUUAGCGCUUAACUACCAUUUCCAUACCACAAAACACAACUACUUGCAACACCCACACGUUUUUCUUUUUUACUUGCACCUUCCACGUUUCAAAAUACAAAAUCAUUUCGCGAUGGCAAAAUUAAACUCUUUACAAACACAACAAACAAUACAGAAAUUCUAUCAACAUGCAACAUUCGUCGCUCUGCUGCUGCUCACGCUCAUAGCUGGUGGUAACAUGCAACAGCAACAGCAAUUAAUGCAACAAGCGCCUAGCUUGCAACAGCCACAGCAGCAGCAGCAACUGCAAGUUGCAACAAACACAAAACAAAAACAGCAAACACAGAAGGCGCAACACCAACAACACUCCAACGCUAUUAUGGGCGAAGCGGGCGUCACGAAUUCACAGCUGCAACAGCCGCCCACUGCCACACAACAAUAUGGUGGCGCCAAUUUACAGCCGGGCAUUGCAGGCGGCAUGCUUGCCGGCACGGCUGGAGAGCAAGAUCCACGCUAUGAUGCGCCUGAUGAUUGCCACUUUUUGCCAGCCGCUGGCCCCGAGCGCCCAGAGAUCGCGCUCACAUGCAAUCUGCGCACAGUGAACAGUGAAUUUGAUACAACCAAUUUCAGUGUGAUACCCUCCGAGCAUACUGUGGCAUUGCAUGUACUCUGCAAUGACGAAAUUAUGGCCAAAAGCUCGCUAGAAGCACGCUCCUUUGCGCAUUUGGUGCGUCUGCAGGAACUCUCCAUACAAUAUUGCAAACUGGCGAAGUUCAAUCGGUAUGUGUUGGAGGGUUUGACGCAGUUGCGUAAUCUAACGGUGCGCACAAAUAAUAUACUCUGGCCCACAAUUAAUUUCGAUAUUGAAGCUGAAGCGUUUGCGAUGGUGAAGAAUCUGGAACGUUUGGAUUUGUCGUCGAAUAAUAUUUGGUCACUGCCCGAUAACGUUUUCUGUUCGCUGAGCGGUUUGUCGUCGCUCAAUAUGAGUGAGAAUCGCUUGCAGGAUGUGAAUGAGUUGGGUUUUCGUGAUCGUAGUCGUGAUCAGGCGGCCGCCACCGAACAGUCAACUGCCUCAACUCCCGAAGUGUCCACCAAGCGGCAGCAAGUUGUGGUUAGCGGCAACAGCAGUAGUUGCAGUUUGGAUUUGGAAAUACUGGAUGUGUCUUACAAUCACUUUGUGCUGUUACCCGCUAACGGUUUUGGUACGCUUCGUCGUCUGCGCGUGCUGCAAGUGAACAAUAAUGAGAUCUCCAUGAUCGCCGAUAAGGCUUUAAGUGGCUUAAAAAAUCUGCAAAUUCUCAAUCUCAGCUCGAAUAAAAUUGUGGCGCUACCUUCAGAGCUCUUUACCGAGCAGGCUGGCACCAUACAAGAGGUGUACUUGCAGAACAACUCAAUAAGCGUGCUCUCGCCAAAACUGUUCUCGAAUCUCGAUCAACUGCAAGCACUGGAUCUCUCACACAAUCAGAUCACUUCGACAUGGAUCGAUCGCAGUACGUUUGUGGGGCUGAUACGUCUGGUAUUGCUGAACUUGGCACACAAUAAAUUGAGCAAGCUCGAACCGGAAAUCUUCACUGAUCUCUACACACUACAAAUUUUAAAUUUGCGAUACAACCAACUGGAGAAUAUUGCUGCCGACACCUUUGCACCUAUGAACAAUCUACACACACUGCUGCUCUCACACAAUCGUCUCAAGUAUCUGGACGCCUAUGCGUUGAACGGUCUCUACGUGCUUUCGCUGCUCUCACUGGACAAUAAUGCUUUGAUUGGAGUACAUCCCGAGGCCUUCCGCAAUUGCAGCUCACUGCAAGAUCUCAACCUGAACGGCAAUCAGCUAAAAACUGUGCCGCUUGCUUUGCGUAAUAUGCGUUUGCUGCGCACUGUCGAUCUCGGUGAGAAUAUGAUCUCGGUAUUGGAGGAUAAUGCCUUCAAGGGUCUGGGCAAUCUCUAUGGUCUGCGCUUGAUUGGUAACUUUUUGGAGAAUAUCACAAUGAAUGCUUUCAAGGAUCUGCCCAGCUUGCAAAUACUCAACCUCGCACGUAAUCGCAUUGCUGUUGUGGAGCCGGGCGCAUUUGAGAUGACCUCCAGCAUACAGGCGAUUCGUUUGGAUGGUAACGACCUCAGCGAGAUAAACGGUUUGUUCAGUAAUAUGCCUUCGCUGCUGUGGUUGAACAUCUCCGAUAAUCGUUUGGAACAUUUCGACUAUGCGCAUGUGCCGAAUACGUUGCAGUGGCUGGAUCUGCAUAAGAAUCGCUUGGGCGAACUGUCGAAUCGCUUCAGCCUCGACACUCAGGUUCGCUUGCAGACGCUGGAUGCGAGCUUCAAUCAAAUACAACGCAUCUCACCUUCCUCGAUCCCGAACUCCAUCGAAUUGCUGUUUCUUAACGACAAUCUCAUACACCUCGUCGAUCCGGACACUUUUAUGCAUAAGACCAAUCUUACGCGUGUUGAUCUAUAUGCCAACCAGAUCACUACAUUGGAUAUCAAGUCCCUGCGUAUACUGCCCGUGCACGAGUUGCGCUCACUGCCUGAGUUCUAUAUUGGCGGUAAUCCUUUCACAUGUGACUGCAACAUAGACUGGCUGCAGAAGAUCAAUCACAUCAAAUCUCGUCAAUAUCCACGUAUUAUGGACCUGGAAACCAUCUACUGCAAGUUGCUGAAUAAUCGCGAGCGCGCCUAUAUACCACUCAUUGAUGCCGAACCGAAGCACUUCCUCUGCACCUAUAAGACGCACUGCUUUGCGGUGUGCCAUUGCUGCGAGUUCGAUGCCUGCGACUGUGAGAUGACCUGUCCUACGAACUGCACUUGCUUCCACGAUCAAACGUGGUCGACGAACAUUGUGGAGUGUUCGGGCGCGGGCUACUCGCAAAUGCCACGUAAAGUGCCCAUGGACACCACUGAGCUGUAUACUGAUGGCAAUAACUUUGCAGAGCUUGCGGGUCAUACAUUCCUCGGGCGUAAGAAUCUUGCUGUACUUUUUGUGAACAACUCAAAUGUGCAACAUCUGCGCAACACCACCUUCAGCGGCUUACGUAGACUCCUAGUGCUGCACCUUGAAGACAAUCAUAUCGCUGAGAUACGUGGGGAUGAGUUCAGCAAUCUAGAGAACAUACGUGAACUCUAUCUGCAGAACAACCGCAUAGCGACUGUGGGUAAUGGCAGCUUUCAGGCAUUGCGUAAGCUCGAAGUGCUCCGUUUAGACGGCAAUCGGUUGGUGCACUUUGAGGUGUGGCAGCUGGCGCUCAACCCAUACCUGGUGGAAAUCGGCCUAGCAGACAAUCAGUGGAGUUGUGAGUGCAGUUAUUUGAUGCGCUUCCGUACCUAUCUCGCCCAGACGGCGGAGAAGAUUGUCGAUGCAGCACGCGUCUCUUGUGUCUACAACAAUGCCACCAGCGUGCUGCGUGAAAAAAAUGGCACCAAGUGCACGCUACGUGGCGAUGAAGUCACCACCUAUGCACACGCCAGCGAAAUCGAACAUCUACUUCCUCUACUAUUAAUCGCCACUUGCGCCUUCGUCGGCUUCUUCGUACUCAUUUUGGGCAUCUUCUGCUACCGGCAUGAGCUCAAGCUGUGGGCGCAUACCAAUUGCCUGCUCAAUAUGUGCUAUGCGGGCCGCAAUACACACGGUUUCGUCGAGUCGCUGGACAAAGAUCGUCUCUGCGACGCCUAUUUCGCCUAUAGCUUGCAGGAUGAGCACUUUGUUAAUCAAAUACUGGCGCAAACCCUCGAACAUGACAUUGGCUAUCGUCUGUGUCUGCAUUAUCGUGACGUGAAUAUCAAUGCGUAUGUGACGGACGCUAUCAUAGAGGCAGCCGAGAGUGCCAAGCAGUUUGUGUUGGUGCUAUCGAAGAAUUUCCUUUACAACGAGUGGACACGUUUCGAAUAUAAAUCAGCGCUGCAUGAGAUGGUUAAGCGCCGCAAGCGUUUGGUGUUCAUACUGUAUGGUGAUUUGCCGCAACGUGAUAUCGACAUGGACAUGCGUCAUUACCUGCGUACUAGCACCUGCCUUGAAUGGGAUGAUAAGAAAUUCUGGCAAAAGCUACGCAUUGCGCUGCCACAUAUACGCAAGCGACCAAUGACUGCCAAUUGUCUAGCCAGCCGCUCGGCCGUGAACAUUUACGCAUCAGGGCACGAAUACCAGCCUACGGGCGGCAAUGCUAAUAGCGGUGGCGCCGGUGGUGUUGGUCUACCAAAUGGACACAUCAGCGGUGGCGCACUGAGCGGUCUGGACAAAGCGCUCUACAACGACUGCAACAACUAUGCGACUAUAAAUGAUUGCGGCGUAGGCGCACGCGGCUAUGCGCCCAUACCAACUGCCACCGCGGCUUGUAAAUUCAAUACACUGAAUGAACUCUCACAUAAACUGCACAAAAACGAUUUGCUAAAUAAUAUUGGAGGUGGCCCGGGCAGCGGUAUGCAUUGCAUUGGCCUUAGCAGUGGGGGCGCCAAGACGCUCGAUCAUCAUCAUCACUUACGCGCGCAUCAACAGCACGAGUACGCGGUGCCCGCAUACCUGGGCACUCUAAGUAAUGGACACGCGCCGACCUACGAUAGUGUCGAUUAUGCCAAGCAGCAGCAGAAGCUUAACAGCAGUAAUAACUGCGACGACUGCACGGUGGGCACACAGAAGCGCGUCACCAAAGGUGGAUUACAUCCCAGCUUCUCAUCGAACUUCACAGCGCUACCUAAUGGCGGCAUCGCCGGUGGUGGUGUUAGUGGUGGUGCCUGCUACAACAGCUACAACUGCAAGAAACCAUGCAACUGCGGCGCACGUAAGCAUGCAGCUGCGGCAAGCGACGACGGCAUCAGCUGUCGUUGUGGCACAGCAGCGGCCCUAAAAGAAACACAAACUGCAGCGACGUCAGCGGAGCCUGGAAAUGCGGCCUCCGGGUCAGCCCAAAACACAUGCAGCAGCAAUAGCAAUAGCAGCAAUAACAGCGACAGGAGUAGCAGCGCGACUAACAGCAGCAACAAUAGCACCAGCUCAGCGGGUAGCAGUCAUCGUCAGCCAACCGAACAGCUGGCACACUAUGAAUCCAGUUUAUCGUUGAACGAAACUGCUACGUUAAAUGGGCCACUGUGGGCGUAACAACAACUGGAUUUGGGUGGCGGCGACGCCGGCUUGGCGGGCGGUAAGACACGCAUGGCGGUCUGUUUGAAUGUGUAGGCGGCGCAAAAGUCAAGCGAAGAUUGUACGUAUUAUUAAGUGUGUGAGUGUGUGGAAAUAAGUUUAUGUAUUAUGCUUGUGUGUGAGAGUGUAAAAAUUUAUAGAACGCGUCAAAGCGUCAGAGACAGACUAAGCAACCAGUGAAUUUAAUUAAAUGCCUGCAAAGGCACGCGUCUGUGUGCGUGUCAGGCAGGCAGUAGGGCAGCUAUGAGUAUGUGUGUAGCGCUUUUGAUGUGCACGAUGUGAAAUGGAAUUGUUAAGGACACUUGCUGUAGCACGCUUAGCCAGUGGCAUGUACUGAAGAGACUUACUUACUGAUAAGUGAGUGCUCGUGUGCUAGGCAGGAUGCUUUGUAUAUAGAAAUAUUAAACAAAAAUUAAGAAAAAAGCAAAUAUUUUAAAGUAAAACGGCUACAAAAAACAUGAAACCCAACUACAAGAAACACACAAAGCAAACAAACAAACUACGUAACGUACUGCUAACUAGCUAUAGAUACUUAAAUUAUUAUUAUUAUUAUUAUUAAAUUUAAUAUUAAAAAUAAAUUAUUACUAAAACUUAUGCACUUCAAGCAAAGCGAGGCAAGCAAAUUGAUAAAUGAAAAUAAUAAUAUUCAAAACCAAAAUAAAAUAAAAUUUAAAGAAAAAUAAAGUUUUUGACUAGCAUUAGUAUUAGUAGCCUAAACAUAAGUAUGCUUGAGUGUGCGUGUAUGCCUGCGUGUUUCAUAUUGUAAAUCUAUGUACAUACAUAUAUAUGAAUUGUAUUAUAUUUAAAAAGGUUUGAUUUCUUUUUGGACUUCAAAAUAGUAAAGUGAGACAAGUAAAAAAAAAUUAAAUUGAAACAAAACAAAUAAAUAAUUGUUAAAUAGACUGAUAAAAUUAGUUAUUAUGUUU